AUGUCGUUGCCUCGGCCCCCCUCGACGACCAACAGCAACGCCCCUCACGAUUCGAGCUACCUCCCCCUCCAUCUAGGCCCUUCACUCGGGUCACUCCGACUGCACGCGACGACGCGGGGGCGCCUAUGCACCAUCUUCAGGAGGAGGAAGGACCCCCAGUUCGGUCGUGAUACCGAAGAGAGACUGUGCCUUUUCCUUGAACCUCCCACCGCCGAGGGCGUGCACGCGCUCUCUGGGGUGGACGAUUCGACGGAUGAGGGGCCUCCUCCCCCCUUUCGAGGGCACAAACCACGCGGGAAGGCCCUUUUCUACGAGGAGGGGCACAUCCGCGGGAAUGUGGCGGACCGCACGGUUCGGGGAGAGAGGAUCCAAGGGGGGAGGGCCGGCCCCCUAGCUACUUUUCGGACGAAGACGAGCCGCCGGCGGCCUGCGCGCGCUCCCUUGGCGAAGGAUGUGAUGAGGCUUUCGCGUACCCCAAAACCCUCGGAGGCGCGGGCUCCUUCGGAGAGCGACGCGAAGAGGGUAACCACCUUUUCAGCGAGCCCGAGCGGCCGAGGGCGCGCGGGGGAUUACUCCGUGGAGGGGCGAAGGGGUGGGGUGCCCCUUCUGUCCCUCAAGCAAAGGCGCAAUACCUCGCACCCCCGCUCUCAAAGACGCUCACGAGGCGCGGACGGCGCGUUGAGAGGGGGAGGGGGAGGCGCACCUUCCCCUCCCCCUGAUAUUUUUUGGCCCCUUGGAGAGUGCGCUCCCUCUUUCGAGGGAGGGGUGCGAUGA